AUGGCCGGUUCACCUCCCAUGGUUGGCGCUUUGCUUCUGGUUGGGCGAAUUCCAACAACAUUUUCAUCAACUGAUCAGUACUUGAAGUCUUUCAUCGAUCCAAUAAUUGAGGAAACGCAUGCUGACUUGUGCUCAAACAUUUUAAAUGUGGCCCGAGCACCUACCCGUGAGAUAAUUGCAGUAAGAAAAUCCAAGGAUUAUAAACCUCCCAAGGAAUUGUACUAUAGAAUUUCAGUGAAGCAACCAAGAAAAUUCUCAAAUGGGGAAGGAAUGUAUGUGCCUGAAGCUGAUGAUCUCAUUGCCCUUACAAAUCGGAGACCAAAAUGUACCUAUGAUCUGAACAGGCCUCCAAAUCCUUAUGUUUUGGCUUUGGUUGAAAAGAGAAAUAAUGUCUCUCAUAAACUAACGAUACUUUCAUCAAAGCCCAUCACAGUUAAUGCAGAUGAGGCAGAGAAUGAGAAGAGGAAUAAGACAAGGUUUUUUGUUGUUUAUCUAACAAACAUGACAACUAAUAUUCGGAUAUGGAAGGCAUUGAACUCACAGCUGGCUGGAGGCAACAUGACCAUCAUCGAAAGGGUCCUGUCAUCUGAUUCUGUGAUUGGGAGCAAUUGUAGCCAUUGCAUCUGUGACCAGAACAAGAGUGCAGCUGUAUUAAAUGCUUAUAAUGUCAUAAGCUCCUUUAAGCUGGACGAUUCGCAAAGGGAUGCCGUUUUAGAAUGUGUGGCCACAAGAGAAUGUAAUGAUCAUACUGUUAAACUAAUAUGGGGACCCCCUGGGACAGGAAAGACGAAGACGAUCAGCUCACUACUGUUUGCUCUGUGGAAGAUGAGAUGCAGAACCGUGACUUGCGCCCCAACUAACAUUGCAGUGUUAGGGGUUGCAAAACGGCUUGUUGGGUUAGUUAAGGAUGCCCUAGUGUAUGAUUCCUACGGAUUAGGAGACAUAGUUUUAUUUGGUAAUGGGGAGCGAAUGAAGAUUGACAAUCACGAAUAUUUGUUUGAUGUGUUUCUUAGUCACCGUGUUUCUUGUCUUGCCGAUUGUUUUGCUCCAUUAACUGGCUGGAAAAGUAAAGUAGAAUCAGUGAUAAGCCUGCUCGAAGACCCAGAACGUCAGUACCGCUUGUAUUUGGAGAAAGCAAAGAAUCCUGACGAGGGAGAUGAAGAGGAGGUGGAGGAUCAGGAUGAAGGGGAUGAGGAAGGGGAUCAGGAUGAAGGGGAUGAGGAAGAGAAAAAUGAUGGAAAUAGUGAUAAAGAUGAGGAUGAUAUCUGUGAUAAAAUUAAAGACUUCAAAGAUAUAUAUAGAACAAAAAUAAUGAGGUCCAUUGUUCAAACCUUACAGGAAAACAAGAAGAAACAGAACAAGAUGCCGCCUUCUGGUGCGCACAGGGGGAACAACGAAGAAAAGGAAGACAAAUCUGCUUGCCUUUGGACAUUUGAGGAGUUCAUAUUAAAUAGAUUCAAAUUGAUUAGAAGCGAUCUGCUCUGUUGUAUUAAAAAUUUGUACACCCAUUUGCCAACUUCUUUCAUUUCAGAGGAACUAGUAAAGAAGAUGAUUAGGGCUGUUGAUCUGUUGGAAUCAAUUGGAAAAUUGUUGGAAACCAAGGGUAUGGUAAAUGAUGGCUUGAAAAAAUUUCGAUAUGAAUUUCAAGAUGUAGGGAACAGGAGUAUUCUGCUUGAAGAGUUGAGUUCUCAGAAGACAGAGUGCAUCAAAAUACUCAAACUUCUUAGUAGGACAUUAGAACUGCCAACUUUUACAGAGACAGAGUUCGAUAAAAUUCAAAGCUUUUGUUUGAAGAGGGCAUGUUUAAUAUUUUGCACUGCCUCAAGUUCUGCAAAAUUGCACGUGGAAGGACAGACACCAGUGGAAAUGCUGAUUAUCGAUGAAGCAGCCCAGCUCAAAGAAUGUGAAUCCACCAUUCCUUUGCAGCUUCCCGGUCUCCACCAUGCUGUACUCAUUGGGGAUGAACGACAACUUCCAGCAAUGGUCCAAAGCAGGAUAUGUGAGAACGUUGAAUUUGGAAGAAGCUUGUUCGAGAGACUGGUAGUAUUGGGGAAAAGAAAACAUCUUCUGGAAGUUCAGUACAGAAUGCAUCCAUCUAUAAGCUUAUUUCCAAAUAUGGAGUUCUACAACAAAAAGAUUUUGGAUGCACCUAUAGUUAAGCAGAAAGCUUAUGAGAAGCGCUUCCUUGAAGGGAAGAUGUUUGGCCCCUACACUUUUAUAAAUGUAACAAAUGGCAAAGAGGGGAUUGAUAACAGGCAUAGUACUAAAAACAUCAUCGAAGUAGCUGUCGUUAUGGAGAUUGUUGCAAUGCUCUUUAAAGAAUCUGUAGCCUCAAAACAGAAGUUAAGUGUGGGUUGCAUAUCCCCUUACAAAGCCCAAGCAUUUGCACUUCAAGAAAAACUCGGGAAGACAUACGACACAGACAGCAGCAGUGGCUUCUCUGUGAGUGCGAGAUCUGUUGAUGGUUUUCAAGGUGGUGAGGAAGACGUGAUAAUCAUCUCUACUGUCAGAUGUAACGCCCGAGGAUCAGUGGGCUUCCUUUCCAAUUCUCAAAGAACAAACGUGGCUCUUACUCGAGCAAGGCAUUGCCUAUGGAUAGUGGGGAAUGGUGCUACUCUAGUUAACAGCGGCUCUGUUUGGGGGAGACUAGUCCAAGAUGCUAAGGCACGCGAAUGUUUCUACGACGCUAGUGAUGACAAGAACUUGGCUCUAGCUGUUGCGGGUGCCUUACUAGAGCUUAAUCAACUUGAUGCGCUACUCAAACCGGACUCCAUAUUGUUCUGUAAUGCAAGGUGGAAGGUAUGCUUCAGUGAUGAUUUUAUAAAAUCCAUGGCCGGGAUCCAGAACACCGAAUUCCGAAAGCAAGUACUUUCUCUUCUAGAAAAGCUUUCAGGUGGCUGGAGACUGAAUGGGUAUAGCAGAAUUGUCAACAAGAAUGGUGCUGUAUGCCAAAUUUAUAUAGUCGAUGGAUUUCUCAGUAUUGCAUGGAGCGUGGACAUCAUGACGGAAAAUUCUGAAGAUGUCCAGGUUCUGAAAAUCUGGGAUGUUAUUCCAUUUGUUGAGAUACCAAAACUAACCAUGCGCCUUGCCGCCGAAUUUGAGAGCUAUUCUGCUAAAACUAUCAACCAAUGCAAAUACGAAAGACUCGAAGGGAACUUGACACUGCCAAUGACAUGGCCGGUCAGCUUGAGCGACUGCAUAAGCUUCUUGGAAGGCAAAGUAGCUUCACUGAGUGUGAGAGAUAAGCCUUCAUCGUCAGCUUGAUGGUGAGCCUGAGGUUUGAUCAGCAGCUACUGGGAACUACGGGUUUGAUCAGCACAGCUACUGAUUUUUGUUUGAAAUAAUAUUUGUUUGGAUUGAAGUUCUUUGAACAUGUAAUUGGUUUUUGAUGGCCUUUCAUUUGGUUAUGAAUUCCAUGUUGGGUAUGGUUAACGCGUUGUAGAUUCAAGACUAGCAAACCAACAGACAUAGUUAACAUGUAUUUAUUGUAAUAAAGUAAAGA